UCCCUGUGAAGCGCGUCCGUUCGCUCACAAGCGCUUCCUUGUCGUGGAGAAGCAGCGACGGGGCGGCGGCGCUCUCUGGAUUGAAUAUCUCGCUGGGAGCCCCGGUGUCCUCAAUGGUCCACAACUGGGAGAGGGAUUGACAGUCCUAUCUGCCAAGGAUACCAAACAGUUACCAUGACCACAGAGACAGGCCCAGAGUCAGAGGUGAAGAAUUCAGUGGAAGAGCCCCCCCAGCAGAAAGGUGCACCCGGUGGAAUGCAGGACUCCGCUGCCGACGGCAGGACAGGCAAGCAGGAUCACAGCACCAGGCUUCCAGACGAACACAAGGAUGGUGAUAAUGCUUCAGAGAUGACAACCCCGAGCAAGAUGCCCAAAUCUCCUCAGAAAUCAUCAAAACGGCCAAAGACUGCACCCUUCAAGGUGACCUUGCUGGAUACCUCAGUUUAUGAAGCUGGAAUUGAGAAACACGCCCGAGGGCAACACCUUCUGGAUAUGGUGUGUGAACAUCUGAACCUGUUGGAGAAAGACUACUUUGGCCUGACUUUCUGUGAUGCAGACAGCCAAAAGAACUGGCUGGACCCUUCCAAGGAGAUCAAGAAACAGAUGCGUGCUGCUCCCUGGCACUUUGCCUUUGCUGUCAAGUUCUAUCCACCGGACCCCUCGCAGCUCACAGAGGACAUCACAAGGUAUUACCUGUGUCUGCAGCUGCGGGAUGAUAUCCUGUCAGGACGCCUGCCGUGCUCUUUCGCCACGCAUGCGCUUCUGGGUUCCUACGCCGUUCAGGCAGAGCUGGGUGACUAUGACCAGGAGGAGCACGGCACCGACUACGUCAGUGACUUCCACUUCGCUCCCAACCAGACACGGGAGCUCGAGGAGCGGGUGAUGGAGCUACACCGCAAUUACAGGGGAAUGACUCCUGCCGAGGCAGAGAUUAACUUCCUGGAAAAUGCCAAGAAACUGUCCAUGUAUGGGGUAGAUCUUCAUCAUGCUAAGGACUCAGAAGGGAUUGAGAUCAUGCUGGGAGUGUGUGCCAACGGGCUUCUGAUUUACCGGGACCGCUUGCGGAUCAAUCGUUUCGCUUGGCCCAAAAUCCUCAAGAUCUCCUAUAAAAGAAGUAACUUCUACAUCAAGAUUCGUCCGGGAGAGUACGAGCAGUUCGAGAGCACCAUCGGCUUCAAGCUGCCUAACCAUCGUGCUGCUAAGAGGCUGUGGAAAGUUUGCAUUGAGCACCACACCUUCUUCAGGCUGGUGUCCCCUGAGCCCCCACCUAAGGGCUUCCUGGUGAUGGGCUCCAAGUUCCGCUACAGUGGCCGGACACAGGCCCAGACCCGGCAGGCCAGUGCCCUCAUUGACCGUCCUGCGCCACACUUUGAGCGUUCUGCCAGCAGGAGGUAUCUCCUCUCUCGUAGCAUGGACGGAGAAUUCUCCCGCUCAGCAUCAGCCCUGGGGGAGAACCAAGAGGGCGCACCGCGGCGCAGCAGAAGCGAGCGUGCCCGCUGCUUAUCCACAGAUGAGCAGGGGUUCGAGCCAGACCGGUGGCCGGAGCCAGACACACUGCAGGAGCCCAGUCAGGAUGAAGAUGGCCUCAUCACCCCCACCAGGAAAAAGGAGCUCAAGGAGGAUGCUGAGUCACUAGUUGACACUAAACAGGAGUUGGACCAGGAGUUGACUCCUCGACACAAACAGGAGUUCCUGGACAAGUCGGAAGACGUUCUGCUGAAGCACCAGGCCAGUAUCAAUGAGCUGAAGAGGGCUUUGAAGGAGCCCAACAGCAAGCUGAUGCACAGGGAAAAGCGGCUGUCAGGAGCGUCUCCGGGCAGUACCCCAGAGAAAAAGGCUGGAUCGGGACGAGCAGGGGGAAAGGAGCCUGUGAACGGCUACGUUCUGGAGGGCUUCAUCCAGAAGACUGUGCUGGCAUCUCCAGAGGGCUCAGAGGAAUGGGUAUUGAUUGAAAAACAAGAUGCUAGCCAACAGGAUCAUGAGUCAAAAGUGGAACGGAGCAAACCUCUUCUUUGUCCAACUCCUGUACUUGCGGAUUCCCUUUGGGAAAGAAAAAAAGAACUGGAUAGAGACAGGGAAGCUAAGAAAAUGAUCCGUAUUGAGGUUACAGGGGAAGAUGAUGAAGAUAAGGAAGUCCAAAUGGACAGUAUUCUAUCACCAUUAGCUUCUGGAAAUGAUGAAGCAGAACUUAUAGAAUUUAAGAUAAAGAACAGUGAUCAUAUUGAAAAUGAAAAUGUUUUCUCUGAAACUGAAGCCAGAUCUGAAUUCAUUGAAAAGAAAUCCCAAGUUAAAUCACUUUCUGCAGAAAACAUUGCAUUUAAGGAGGAGAAAGAGGCCUCUGUUAAAGAAAGGAAAAAGAGAGGAGCUUCUCACAGAGUGCGCAGAGACAAUAGGCCUCAGAGCUUGAACCUGGGAUGGUCACCUGAAUUUGUGUAUGAGAAAGAACGUGUGUUUUCUGAAAGAUCAGACAGUGAUGAGAGCCCCGUUGUUACAAGAGCUGUGCUGGAAGAAUUGCCAAUUCCAAGUGAAGAUGAUGGGUUAACCCAAUGUGGUGAAGAGCAGGGAUCUGAGGGGAUGCUCUUGCAGAUGAAUGAUAUGAAGAUGGCAGAAGAUGUAGGACACGGGGAGAAUUCUGAGUCUCUCUCUCCUGUAACCAUUCAUUUGGGCAGUGAAAAGGAAAGAGGCCAUGAAGCGGGGGAAGACAAUGAACACCUAACGGAAACAGCCGUUUUGGAUUACACAGAGAAGCCCGCUGAGGAGAAGACGACCAAAGACAUGGCAGAUGACAUGGCUUCUGAAAACUGUCCUGGAGGAGCAGAGGAGGUGGGGGAGGCUUUCCUGAUGUUUGAUGUGCAGCAGACUAGUACAUUAACAGAACAGGAACAGAAAAAUGAUCACAUGUCAACACAGUGUCAACUUACUGAGAGGAAAGAAAAUAUGUUGGAGGAAGUGAGAGGAAAAUCUCAUUUAGAUUAUGUGGAGAAGGAGUUGUUCAUGGUAGGGGAAAAGGAGCAGGAAAUAAUGAAGAGAGAACCGGAAAUUACUGUUAGUGUUGCAUCGACUGGAACAGGUGAUAUUGAAGAGGACUGGACUGUCACAAUUGAAGAGGAACAGCUGGAGGAAAUGGAAAAACGGCAGGUGCAUAAAAUAACAGGAAACACACACAUUGAAAUAACACGGAUUGUUCCUUUAAAACCUGAGAGAGUAAAAAACUCUGGCUGUAAAGAUGAAAUGUUUACAGAUAUUCAAGCAAAUAUGGACAGUGAGAGCAGGAGUCACCAGACAGAAUUAAUUCAAGAAAUUACAAAGAAAGUUAUUGACACAAGCAAAAUUGCAGAAAACAUUGUGACCUCUUCAGUACAUAGUGGUUCAAUCACAACUGAAGAGCAGUGUACUGAAGAGCACUUUGGUGGUUUUCACAAUGUUCAGGAGAAGGAUGUACCCCUCUACACGCAGGGAAGGCUGUCACAGGGUGUAGUGAAGCCAAUUAAAAAGACAGUCACUCCUGAAAUGGAGACUUUCAAACAGAUCCAUCUGCUGUAUGAAGGCCCUUCGUGUGCUGGUGAUACCCCCACAGAAAGCAGGGCAAUCAGCUUAAAGUCGUCAGCAUCUCAUAAAAGUGCUCCACCAGCACCUCCACUUAAAACCCAAAAAGCCAGGGAGUCGGGGCUUAUUCUACGGAACAGCCGCUGCAGGGACAUCGGCCAGGAGGCAGCCGUGAAGAAGCAAGCGGACCCCCCCUCUACUCCCGCCAUUCAUGAAGAACCUCUAGAUGAAGUGCAGAGAGAGCCCUGGGAGAGAAGGCCAGGCUCCGCCUCGGAAGAUGAUCAGGAGCGUGAGACGCUCUACAUGAAGGAGACCCACCUAGGCAUUGAGCGCAAGUGCUCCAGCAUUACAGUCAGCUCCACAUCCAGUCUGGAGGCCGAGGUUGACUUCACUGUCGUCAUGGACCUCCACUCAGGUGUAGAGGAGUUCUCCCGGGGUAUGACUGAGCUUGGGGAGAGGGAGCACCUCCCUGAUGUCGGCCGGGAGGACUUUGAGGAGACAUCACGCUUCUACUCAGCCCGUCUCAUGGGCAUGCAGGACAGAUCCCCAACUGAAGACAUGCAUCCUGAAGAAUCCAUGCCCCAUGAGCCCCCUGUUGCCAAAAAAGACCCCACUGCUAUAAGCACAGCAAAAUCAUUGAGGCGGACUGAACCCCAGGCAGGGGUGCCGGGCAGUGAAUUUGACGUUUCUGCUGACGGAAUGGAAAGUUCAGAACAGGUGCAAGAGGGCAGCAGCUUGCAGGAGUCCCAAGUGUCCAGCCCCAGCGUCGCACAGCCUCUGGAGUCAAUAAAUGACCUGAGCCACGGCGUGAGUAGAGGGAAAGAGCCACAUUCCCCUAGUUUUAAGUGUGUUUCCCCUAUAAAGUCAAGUGCUGUGGGACGGGAGGCCACGGUGUCCCCUCUCACGAUCGCCGCAGAAAAUGUUACCUCAGCAACCACGACUCAUGUUACCAAGACAGUGAAAGGGGGCUACUCAGAGACUAGGAUUGAGAAGAGAAUUAUCAUCACGGGAGAUGAUGAUGUGGACCAGGAUCAGGCCCUCGCCAUUGCAAUACAGGAAGCCAAGCAGCAGCACCCUGACAUGCUGGUAACUAAGGCUGUAGUUGUCAGGGAAACAGAAUCUUCUGCUGAAGAGAAACGAACGAAAUCUGAGUCCUGAUCGCUGGCACCUAUGCCAGAUGGGCUCCCAGGAAUGGAGACAGGAAUGGAGCCUGGUUCGCAACCACUCAGACGCUGCCGCGGUUUAUCCAACAUCAUACAACACCCUCCACUCUCUGCUGUGCCCUCCGAAGAGGAUUGCACCAAGUCAAAAAAAAAAAACCUGCACCCAGAAAUCACUCAUCUUUGACCCAGCUGAAAAUAUUUCCUCUCCUUCCCUCCCCUGCCAAAAGCGACUGCAGGACUGCGUGAAAGACACUUUAGCUCUCCCCUGCAAGCCCAAACCUACAUUCAGCUCAGCGUGUUCUACACUUGUUCAAGGGGUGCUUACUCUACAAGUCUUCUUGAACAGCCUAUACGUUUUCAGCCCUUCAGAAAUCUUACCCACAUUUGAGAUGCAAAUACGCCUUUACUCUUGUCAAUUUGACUGCUAUCAGGAUUAGACUGGGAAUGGAGUCCUGCCCGGAUCUGCCAACCUUCUGACAGAGACACUCAACUGCUUCCAUUUUAUCUUGUAGGCCUCACUGAUUAAAGAUUGUUUGGCCUUAGCCUGUUUAGCCUUAGUAUUGUACAUGGUCUCAGCUGAAUAAUGAAUUAUCCUGUUAUAGCGAAAUGACCGAAUUGGGUUGGGAAAAUCUAUUCUUGAAUUCUUCAGUGACGUAGCUUUCAUAUUUUUCUUUAAGGAUGCUUGAAAAGUUAUCUAUCUCUUAGCCCUAUCAUGGGGGGUGACUAUAUGGAUGAAUAUGACAGUUAUCUCACAUCCAUCUGCUUCAUCCAGGCUGACAUCAUGCAUGAAGCAUGGGAAUAGUGUCCCAAAUGGGUGCUUGGUAAUAUGGGAGUCUCAUUAGCAGCUAGCUUUGAUGCUUGCUGUCAUCAAUUUGACAACAAUCCUGUUUGCUUUUGAAACAUUUUUGAUAAUUUAUGUCCAGUAUUUGCUUGUCAGCGGUUAAAAAAAAUGUAUGUACCAAAUUAGAUUUGCAUACCUGUAUGCAUGUAUGAUAGAAAAUCCUGAGAAGGUCUUCAAAACAAAACCUGGCUGAUAGAAGAGCAGCGAUGCAUAUUCCUUAGGUGGCAGUUGGUGUGGGUACUCCUGACGCUUCUCUGCCUGGACAGGCUCACAGAAAAAUAAGGUUGCGGCAGCUAUACCAGUAGAAGAUCACAUCAGACAUCAGCAAGGCAGGGCUGAGCUUGUGACAAGAUGACUUAGCGCUGAGUUUUUCUGUAUAAUCUGAGACUCAAGGCAGAGCCACACAGCCACUGAAAGGAGGAACCUGAAGACUGGUUUUUUUUGGAUGUGGUUGCAUCUGGGUCCCUCUCUCAGUCCCCAUCUCCUUCCCCUCUACCCACAUCUUGGAUAUUCAUUGUCUUUUAUCGCAGUCCAUUGUGCAUCCUGUCCUUAACAUUUUUAGACAGUACCUUAGUCAGUUUUCCUUAGCUGAUUCUCAUUAGUUUUACACUGCGAUGUGUGAAUUUGGAAAUGGUAUUUAUAAGAGAGAAUGAGUCCUAGGGUUUCUUUCCCUGAAAAGCAUCACAUUGUCUCCUGCUUAUUCAUUGUGCAUAGUGAUAACACCAGGAGUCACAGCACAUUGGGCGUUUGCACCAUCCGUGCUGUAAGUUGGUGGGAAAGAGGAGUCAGCAGUUUUAAGAGGGACCUCCAAGUCGCUCUCAUGUCACCCAGAAGUACAUAUUUCUUCGCCUGUGCUCAGGACCCACGGCCCUGCAGUUGCUGUGUAUCUAAACUUAGUACAAACAUAACCACUUCUACUAACAUUUGUACAUACACAGUCUGAAUUGUGACUUUAAAAGAUGUACAGAGAACACACACUUUGUUCUAAAUUUGGCUGCAGUAUCACUGGUUGCAAUAAACCUGGCUCAUUUUGGUGGUAUCAUUGUAAUAUUAAAUAACCUUUUUGUCAGAUUUUAAACCAUGGGAAAAUUUACAUGGGAAACGAUCCUGCUGGUUUGGGAUUUCUAAGUACUGACAAUGAACAUUCACAUAAGCAUAUUCACAACCGGUUUCAGAUUGCAAAAUCACCUCUUCCUCCCCUCCUCCUUGUCCUCUCAUUCUGUGGCGCUUAACCGGGAAAGGGAAUACACUACGGACUCAUAUUACAUGCUAUUGAAUUGUAUUUCUCUUUUUGAAACAACUAAUCUAAUUAGCUAUUGAUUCCUAUGUUUUGGUCAAAUAACACUGGAGCCUUUUACUGCUGUCAAGGCACUUGCUUGCAUCACUGUCAGCAAUGAUACUGUACAGAUGUCUCAGAUUCUACCUUUGUUUGUUGUCUCUUGAGAAACGUGCCUGGGAUUCUUCCCCUCUCUAUGACUGGACACUGGCUUGUUUUGAAAACAUGGGAGCUUUAUUUUGCAUUAAAUAUAUGUACCUGAAAAUGCAUAGUGAUAGCCACUGAGAUCAAAGUGAGUUCAUUAUUUUAAGCAUUUGAAUUGAAAUGGUAAAUGGAAUUUUAUUUUCUCUGUAGUUUUACUGUCUGCAUAAAAUACAACAAUUAGUAGUGGGUGGGAUAAGAGCGGAGGCUAACCUAAGGUAUUAUUGAAAUACCUACUUGAAUUUGUGCAAGCAAAUAAAUUUAAUUACCUCACAGACACGGUUGUUUACAUCAAUUAGCUAAGCGAAAUAUAUACAUGUGGCUAACAAUGAAAGCACUUGCAGAGCAGACAGACAUUCCACUGAAUGAUUUGUUUAACUAGGUUUCACUUAAUCAUUAUCCACCUCAUAACUGUAAUGAGUUUUAUUCGCUUAAAUAAAAACAGCAGGUCUAUUUCUCUGGGUUAUUUUAUAAUAGCAACAGUUUUGCUUCACGAGUAAAGUUAGGGCCCUUCCAAGUAAAUAAAAUGUUAUUCUACUCAUUUAUGCAAACGUAGGGUACCUUUCAGUCAACCUCGGUGCAUCAAGCUUUCCUCAUGGCCCAGAAUUAUCCACCCCGCACCCCCACCUGCAAUACUGUCCCCUCUGCUUGCUGACAUAUCGUCUGGUUUUUCUUUGUAUCAUGAUGCUGGUGAGGUUCCUUUUAUGAAACUAUUGACUUGUAGGGAAAUUGAUUCCUGGGUAUAUUGAGCUGCAUUUUGUCCAGUGAACGUUCCUCUGGCUCAUUUAAAUCAGUUGUUGGUGGCUGGUUCUGUUACAGUACGGAAUCAGUUGCUUAGCUACCUGAGUUGCUGCCGCCUUGGCAGAAUAGGCUGCGGAAGAGACGGUGUGAGAGUUUGGAGAUUUCCUGGUGGUGCAUUUGUGAAAGGGCCUCUUGUUAUCAGCUCAAUUGAACCUGGAUAGCUGUUGAAAGGCUCUUUAGCACUUUUGCUUCCGCCAGUGGAUUAGAGCACCUGCUUUGGCUUUUGAAGAUAGAUGGAACAAUUUCAUACGUGGAGACUAGGCCAGGUUAAAUGCCACAGGGUGUGAUGAUGGGCGAGCAGCGCGUAUCAUUGCUGACAGUUACGAGAUGUCCCCACAUGGUUUGCUACACAGUAUGUCGGGUUUACAUGAUAGUGGCCAGACCUCAGUGAAUUUGGAUUAAAACAGUUGUUUACCUACAAAAAAGAGACAGUAGAUUUGAGUGAAUCCAAAUGCGACCCUCACGGCUCUGUGCACAGCUAUUAGAAGUGCUGUCUUCUCUGACAGUCCUCCUAUCUUCUAAGAGAGUCCACUUUCUCUACAUCGCCCCCUAGUGCUUGGUGGUGUGUGUUUUCUGUAUUUGCAUUGAGUCUAAGUGGAAUAAAUAAAUACAUACUUGCAUACAUUAAUAAUUGUCUCCAUUUGAGUAAGAUCUGAUGUUUUUCUGUCCUUCAAUUUAUUUUAAUUCAACCAUAUGAGAGUCUAUGAUAAUGUGAUUGGGUGUUUUGUUCAAAUCCCUGCAUAGUCUAGCUUUGUAACAUAGAUAAUAAAAGAAAUGGAAAAGUCUAACCCUAAUGGACUCAAGUAUUAUGCCAAAAAAAAAAAAACUGUCAACAGUUCACAGGUUUGAGGUUUGACAUGUUCUAUUUGUUACAUAUUAAUUUUGAAAUAACAGAACAGUAUACAGUUGUGUGAAUGAUGUCAAAUAUAUAAAUUUUAAUUAAA